AAAAGAAAAACAUUGCACAAACUACAAACCAAAAAAUUGACAAUGAUAGUGUUGGGGCAUUUCACUACACGCAUCAUAAGCUGGCGCGUACACUCUUUCUUCUCCAGUUCAAAAUAAAAACAUAAAAUAAAAAUGAAAAAACGAAAAAGAAGCCAUUUUCUUUCUACUCAUUGCUGCACUUUAUUGUAUUUAUUUAUUCUCGAGUCCUCGAUUCUUUCCGGCUAUUGCACUCCACCCCUUUGCUUCUGUCCAUUGCUAUCCUACUACUCAUUAAUUAGAAUAUUACUAAUUGAGAUGAAAUCCGCAUGAUUAUGAAAUGAUUUUCUUUGUUAAUUAGGGUAAUUGAAAACAAUUCGAAACUUUCUUGUUUUUGUUUUCUGCUAAAUGUGGGAAAAAUAUUAGUUUUCAAAUUUCUGGUGAACCAACGUCUGAGUGAGGGGAAAGUCCAAAUAGAAGAAAACAAAACAGAUAAUGAAAUAAAAUGAAAAACUAUUUAUGUCGCCGUCGUCGUUCUUCUCUCUCGCAGUAAUUGAAUUUCUUUAAUUUUGGCGUAAACACCGAAUCUAGUAGAUAUACACACACACAAGGCACGUAUGUAUCGAUACACACACGCAAAACAACACGGAUAUCAACAGAGAAAGUUCUGAUCUUGUUCCAUCCCCUCUCUCUCUCUCUCCGCCUCGAAUAUACACAUAUAUAAACACACAUAACUUACCUGUGUAUAUUUACAUAUCAUAGUACUUAUUUCUGCUCCCUUUUCUUCAUUGAGAAUUCAACCGGGGCAGUUUUCUUCUUAUCCCAAGAUUUAAUUGCGAGGUUUCCAAUUCAUCUCAAAAUCACCAAUUUUCUUGGUUGGCUUGUGUUUUUCUUGAGUACAAUUAUUGGGCUCGUGUUGUUUCUGAGAGAAUUCAUGGUUUUUCUCCCUUUUCUAUAUUUCGCGAGAUGUUUCGAUGCGUCAGUGACGCGAAUUUUCUUCAGCCCCGUUUCGAUACAGUGAAAAUCUUUUUAAAUUUGUGAAGCAUUCCAAGUUAAUCGAAAAGGUGUGUGGUUUUGAUUGGAUGGGGAAUAAAUUGGGGAGGAGGAGGCAGGUGGUGGAUGAGAAGUACACUAGGCCUCAGGGGUUGUACCAGCACAGAGAUGUGGAUCAUAAGAAGCUUCGGAAGCUGAUUCUUGACUCCAAGCUGGCACCUUGUUACCCUGGUGAUGAUGAUUCUGGCUGUGACCUCGAGGAGUGUCCUAUUUGCUUCUUGUAUUAUCCAAGUCUUAAUCGGUCGAGAUGCUGCACGAAAGGCAUUUGUACAGAGUGUUUUUUGCAGAUGAAGACCCCCAAUUCAACACGGCCUACACAGUGUCCGUUCUGCAAAACCUCAAAUUAUGCUGUGGAGUAUCGAGGUGUUAAGACGAAGGAGGAGAAAAGCAUAGAGCAACUUGAAGAACAACGAGUUAUUGAGGCCAAAAUAAGGAUGAGGCAUCAAGAACUUCAGGAUGAAGAAAAGUCGCUGAAACUAAGAGAAAUAAGCUCUUCUAGCAGUAUGAGAGCACCAACUGAGGUUGAAUAUUGCUCAACCCGAGCACCCACUUCUGUUUCUGCUAUAGGAAGUGAAGAAAUUUUUGCUUCACAUGAGUCCAGUGAAACUUCAGCGGUAAGACCACCUCCACGCCAAAGGCAGAUUAGGGAGGAUGAAUUUGACCUUGAUCUUGAGGACAUCAUGGUUAUGGAAGCAAUUUGGCUGUCUAUUCAGGAAAAUGGCAGGCAUCAAGAUCUUUCAUACAGUGAUGCAGCUCAGUCAGGAGAAUACAUUUUAGAAGAUCGCAGCUCUUUAGCAGAAAUAGUUCCAGCAGCUGGAUCAUCAUCGUCUCCUUCUGGUGGUCUUGCUUGCGCUAUCGCAGCCCUUGCUGAACGUCAACAGAACAGCGGAGGGACCUCUACCAACUAUGGUGGUGACAUAUCUGGAUAUAACGUAUCUGGGAGCAGCAUGUAUUCCAAUGGGGAGGGGCAGGGAUCUGAAAAUUAUUUUCCUGCAGAGAACGCCACUGUGGCAUCACCCGAUAGCCAGUUGGCAAUGACCGGGGAUGCUGGAGAAUGGGCUGAUCAUCGAUCUGAGAUGGCUGAAGUAGGAACUAGUUAUGGAGGUUCUGAUGAAUUUGGGGAUGCUAUGAGCCCUGCUGCUGUCCCCCAACUCCCCCAGGAAGAUGAGAACCAGUGCGGCAUUCAACCUGUCACAGGAUCAAUAAUUCCCGAGAGUUUUGAGGAGCAAAUGAUGUUAGCCAUGGCUGUUUCACUGGCUGAGGCUCGAGCGAGGACUAGUACUCCGGGAGUAGCUUGGCACUAGCUCAUGAGGCUGGGAGUGAAGGUGGCGCAGAGUUAGUAGUUGGGUGCAAGUUCCUCGUACCUCGACAAAAUAUCUCAUGAGCUCUCCAUGUUUGGCUGCAUAGCUGAUACCUCGGUAGGGUGAAGAAAACUAUGUUAAGUCGAAUAUGAGGCCGUCCUCUUCGAGCAUCUGGUUGGAAACGAUGCCACCUUUGGUGUUAUACAGCCCAAGGAUGGAAACCGUGUAGAUUCAGUGAUUGUAUAUAUAUAGACACACUCACAGUUAUAUCAGUGCUCUUUAAAUGAAUAUCCCUUUGCUUGAAUUUGUGGUUAGAGAUGCUGACUAUAUGUAUGGGGCAUUGGGGUUUAGGUAUUCUUGUGAAAACAGGCAAAUUCUUUGUGAUUUUAUUUCUUGAUUAUAUUUUCUUUUUAGUA